AUGGACGCCAGCACUGCCAAAUUCCCCACUAUGACCGAAGUACCAUUCCGCGAACAGACCGUCUACACCAAGCCUACUGAUAAUGAUAAGAACAAGAGAGAAGAGUGCACUUGCGACACGAAGCCAGUCCUUGUUCGCAAAGAUAGCAUCGAGUCCAUCGACUCGGACUACCCUCGUCCCCGUCGUGCUGGCCGAGUGCCGCCUCCUCCGCGUCACUAUCCAGCCCCAGCACCUCCCUACCCCGAGAACCGGUCUUUAGACUCGGCCACGCAGCUCCUCGAGAAGCUCGGCAAAGAAGACGGGCUCAUGGAGCUCCCCACACCAGCGCACAGCAACGUAUACCUGACCACGUACCCCUUCGGCGACAAGGAUGUCAAGAAAUGGGCGUGGCUGCUGGCUGCCGGUGUGGAGGAAGAGUAUCUUGCGGAGACUUCUGGGGCCAUUGGUUUGAACGGCAAGCCCAUCCCCAGCGUUGAGCGGGUCCGUCAGCGCCGCAACGAGUUUCCUGUCUACGACCCAGGAAACAUCAACAUCCCUUCUGUCUACCUCUCGCGCGCCCUUGACGUGGAAGUGGCACCCGAAGACAGCAAGCACAAUAUUCGAUACCUCAUUGUGGUACAGAACCGACACCGACCUGCAGGAAGUAAGUUGCUUGUCGCAGAGUCGAGGAAGGCUGCGGGUGUCAUCAUGUACUACGAGGCUCUGAGAGGUGAAUCGGUCGUGUUCGUGGGUGCCACAGUCCACCAAUGUAAGACUGCAGGCCCGAACAAGUUCAGGAAGGUGGCCAGCUUGGAGGAAGCGGCCAGCAUCCAAGACGAAGGAUACGUUGGCGUCGUCUGCUGA